AUGUUGUACUACUGCUGUGUCCUACUGCUGCUCCUACUGCAAGGCCUAUUCCAAUUGGGUGAUGCAGCAACUGCUAAUCGGCCUAGCAUUUCAAGCCUGUUCCAGUCGGGUGACGAAGUAACUACCAACCAGCCUAUUCCAGGCCUAUCCCAAUCGACAGAUACCCUAACUACAACCAGCGUCACAACAACCUCAGGACACGUCAUAACGCUAACCUCAGCGCCUAGACAGGAAUCUUGGGAUGUAUACAAACAGCUGCUAGAGGCGCCAACACAGUGUAACUACACUGUGUUGGCUGUGGAUCAUACCAUGACACUUGCAGCGAAUACCGAGUGUAGCAUUACCAGGUCUGGAGUUACACUGAGUGAGAGAGAAGAGAUACUGAGAGUCCAUAAUACACUGAGAGCCAAGGUUGCUAAUGGGAUGGAAGAGACGGGAGAUGAGGGACCCCAGCCCUCAGGGUCAGACCUGAGACAGUUGGUAUGGAACGAGGAGCUGGCACAGGUGGCUCAGGCCUUGGCCAGCCAAUGUCGCCGUGGUCACGACGGCUCUAACCAGAGGAGGAUCUGCUCUAGAAGUUACGCUGUUGGCCAGAAUAUAUUCCGCCAGUGGAGCUUCAACUCGGAAUCGGUGUGGGACAGUGCGGUACAGGCGUGGUACAAUGAGGUACGGUACAUGCCUAAUACCUACGUUGAGAAAUUCACCUCUACUGUACCGUCUCGCAGAGUUGUAGGUCAUUAUACUCAGGUGGUAUGGGGGACGACCCAUGAAAUCGGCUGUGGUGCCAUCUACUACCCAUCCACCAUUAAUGGGAUUACCUUCCCACACACCAAGAUCUACGUAUGUAACUACGGACCAGCAGGCAAUUACGUAGGCUCACGUGUGUACACCAUAGGCCUACCAGCUUCCCGAUGCCCGUCUACAUCCUCUCAGGACUACCCAGGAUUGUGUAAUUAGGUCUGGGACUGAACCACGGGGGCUACGCCCCCUCAUCUAUUUAAAGGUAUAGAUUCACAGCAGCAAUAGCCUAGGUCUACCUGCUUCCAUAAGCCUAUCAACACUCAGACGUACCUAGGAUUGUGUAAUUAGAUCUGGAAUCAGGACACGGGGGCUGCGCCCCCUCAUCUAUUAAAGAGACCAGGUCAUAGCAGGAACAGCCUAAUUUCCCAAAAAAAUAUAAAAAAAUGGCAAAAUAUAAUUUGGUAGGCUGAAUGCCUAUAUAGAUUUCACCUGGGUAUUUAAUUCUUCAAAUCACCUAUCGAGUUUACCUGGAGAAGGUUUCGGGGGUCAACGCCCCCGCGGCCCGGUCUGAGACCAGGCCUCAUGGUGGAUCAGGGUAUGAUCAACCAGGCUGUUACUGCUGGAACGUCAGAAAUACUUGAGUAUCUAAAAUAAUUAGAGUUAACUCAACGUACAUACUCUGAGUUACCGUGUUAAGUUUGAAGCCUAUCCAAUGCGUAGUUACGAAUAUUUAAGUCAAAUAUUAUAGGCCUAUCUUAAUGUAAUCUAAUAUUUGGA